AAAACAAUUUCUACAUGGAAAAAAUGGUCCAUGGGAGAUGCUGGACCUGGAGGCAGAAUAUCUGGUUCAGUAUGUGGCCUAGAUCCAAAGUUUUGUGAUGCUCCUGCAAGUGUACAUCCUUAUGAAUGGCCUGACGAUAUUACUAAAUGGCCGAUAUGUCGCAAAACAAAUACCCAGUUCUCUAUCCAGAAAAAUUUACCCAAAGACAAGUUGGCAGAACAUAUGGUAUGUGAGGUUAUUGGACAUCCCUGCUGCAUGGGAAUUCAUGGACAAUGCAAAAUUGUUACCAAAGAAUAUUGUGAUUUCGUACGAGGGACUUUUCAUGAAGAAGCAUCACUUUGCUCGCAAGUUUCUUGCUUGAAUGAUGUAUGUGGAAUGAUACCGUUCUAUUUUCCUGACGUACCUGACCAGUUCUAUAGAUUAUGGACAUCACUAUUUCUGCAUGCUGGUAUUCUACAAUUAUUCAUAACUGUUCUGAUCCAAUAUUUCUUGAUGAGAGACCUGGAGAAAUUGACUGGUAGUUUGAGGAUUGGUAUCAUCUACAUUGGAUCUGGUGUGGCAGGAAAUUUAGCAAGCGCCAUAUUUGUACCCUAUCGAGCUGACGUUGGACCAGCAGGAUCACAAUUUGGCUUAUUGGCAUGUCUCAUAGUAGAAGUCUUGAAUGCGUGGCCAAUGUUGAAACAUCCACACCAAGCUUUGUGUAAACUUCUUUCUAUAACUUCCGCCCUCUUCCUUGUUGGUCUUUUACCUUGGGUCGACAACUAUGCCCAUUUAUUUGGUUUUGUUUUUGGAUUUUUACUUUCUUAUGCCUUCUUACCUUUUAUAUCAUUUGGUAAUUAUGACAGACACAAGAAAAUAUUUUUAAUUUGGGUCUGCCUUGCUGCAGCUUGGAUUUUAUUUAUUUGUUUAGUUCUCUUGUUUUAUAUAAUUCCUGUUUAUGAUUGCAAAGUUUGUUCGUACUUCAACUGUCUACCAAUAACUAGAGAUUUUUGUGCAUCCCAAAAUAUCAAUUUUAAAAAAGAGGAGCCUAUAGUAUGACAAAAAAUUAUACGGUUGUUAACCGUACUUUUCAUUUUCAAUUCACAUUAUUUGGUUUUUAUUUCACAGAAAUAAAGAACUUUAUUAUAUUUUUACA